AUGAGCUACGACUCUCGUUCUUCUAUAUUGCGACGUGGUUUUAGACUCUCAAGUUCCCGAUGUCAGCGUCGCAGUACAAAAGGCGCCUGCAAGUACAAAUUAAAAUCCAUCUCAAGGGCGACGGAGAAUUACUGUGUUCAUCACUUAGCUAUAUCUGUACUGAUGCCAUUCUCAAGAGAUUGGGUAGAUUCUCAGAGGACAUCCCCAGUGCCAACAAGGCCCGGCACCGUGUAUCUUGGCAAGUACAGCUUUUCCCGCGACACACUGGAAGAAACGCGAAACGAGGAGCAGAUCACAGACUUUAGGACGCCGCCAAAAUCUUCGCGGUCGUUUCGCACCUCCAUCAAGCGCGUUUUUGGCAAGCAGGCAUUGCAACAGAUUGAACCGCACCCGGACCCAACAAAGCGUCACCACAAGUUCAGGCGAUGGCUCAACACGCCUGAGAAAGAAUUCACUUGUACCUGGAGUGACUUUGAGGAUGGCCUCGCCCCAAGAACAGCCACCACGUCAGACGAGGCUAGGUCGGAACGCAGCUCAGGCAACGAGGUUGCGAGCAUGACGCAUGGCACCGGAGAGUCUGCGUAUGACACGUUGCGCCGCGAGCGCGAUGAUUCGAGCGAUGUGGUCUUCGAAAUGUUCAGCAGAAUGUUCCUCGAUUCAAAUUCGGGAGCAACAUUGCAUGAAGAUAAACUGCAAAGCGAACCAAUCAAAACUGCAGGCUCUGCCCCCUGUGCACGCUCGAAGAAUCGUUCUGGGAAGAGAAAACAUACUAUCCUUCGCAAGUUUCGCUCCACGCUCCGCAGGAGUCGGCCCCGCGAGACGGCAGGACAGUUCACUCUUACCGAGAAAUACAUGGGCUCCGACGAGAAUCUUCAACGAUGCUUGGAUGACAUGGACCUUAUGCCCUUUGACUUGACAGCACCAUCAACGGCUGGGAACAGCGGGGAGUUCCGCGAUGCAAGUGCCGCCGCCCACGGCCAUGAAACUGCUUUUGCAGGGGGCUUCUCGGACGCCGAGCGUACAUACAGGCGUAGGUUCAGCAAUGAGUCCUACGAUUCUGGUUUUCUUCCAGGAGCCUUACACGUCAGGAAGAUCCGCCAGUGCCAUGCAGAAAGAAGUCCACAUUGUGAGUAG